CUAACCUUUAAUCCACUUAGAUAUAGUUAUAGUGAAAUAAGUUGUAUUACAGCUUAAAAUUGGAUUGCGCUACAGGGAUUAUAUAUAUUGCUGCAACAUAAUUUGGUAAUACAAAUAUCACGAAGAUACACGGAGGAUAAUCAUUGAAGCCAAAACAUUUUGUUAUGUGUUGAAAAUGCUCCAACGCGUCUUCCGUUAUAGUGCCAAUGAAUGGAAUAUGGAUGUAAACAGUUCAAGGGUGUGGGCUGACUUACAUAUGGAAUAGAUCCUCAUCUCCAACCAUCACGCUUUAGGGAGUUGGCUGUCUUUAACAACAAGAUGGCAAGUGCACCAGCAAGCGCCCAAAAUCCGAGACGUGCUCCGGCUGUCGCACCAAAGCCUUCAAGAAUAACAAUGAAACGAUAUGAUGACCAUGAACUAAAGCAAAAACCAACUCUACUCCAAGGUUCAGAUGUUAGUUCUAUAACAGAAGUUACAGGUUCAAGACGCCCACCGCCUGUCGCAACAAAGCUUUCAAGGAUAUCAAUCAAACAAAAUUACAACCAUGAACUAAAGCAAGAACCUUCUUUACUCCAAAGUUCCAAUGUCUAUGAAGAAAGUCUGCAAUUUACAUGCAAAUAUUCGGAGGAAAUAAUGAGUCGAUCGAAUACGUUUGUAUCGGAUUUACAACAAAUACUGUCAACAGUCCAAACUGGAAAACAAUAUUUAGAUGAAAAGAUUGUUCAACAAAAAGAACAAAUGAAAAUUAAAGAGGCAAAUGUAUUGCAACAUGUUGAAGAUCUCCAAAGAAGGAUAAAUGAACUUACCGAAGUAAAUGAAUUACAAAGUAUGAAAAUUACUGAACUCUCCAUUGAGUUACAGCAAAGAAAACACGAAAAAGAAUCAGUUCAAAAUCACGACAAACAAGUAUUUUAUAUUGAAAGGAAAAUAUCAGAACAUGAUGAAGCUAACGCCGGUUUGGAAUCAUCCAAAAUACGAAAUGAAACGGAAUUGAAAAACAUAAGUGCUGUAUCGCUGGACAUUGAAGAGAGGUGUAAGCUGCAUUUACAGUCCGAAAUACAUAACUUACAACAGCAGAUCGAAAAGCAAAGGCAAAAUCAACUUGCGGCAGAAAAGUUCUCACACGAAGAAAUUACAAAGUUGGAAGAUGAACUAGAAGAACAUAAACGAAUCCAGACAACAGUCGGAGAGUUCGCAAAAAUUAAUUCGGACAAACUUAAGGUUCAUCUCCAAGAACAAAUAUCCAGACGAAGAUUUGCCGAGAAAUACGCAAAUGAGGAAAUCGUGAAGCUGGAACAGCAGAUUCAAAAUCAAAGGCUCAAACAACUUGAGGCAGAAAAAAUAUCAAAGGAAGAAAUUGCAAAGUUGGAAACAGUGAAAGAGAUGACGGAAAAACAACUCAAACUGGUUCAAAGAUUAACCGAGACCAGACUUAAUGUACUGGCGAAUCUAAUUGCGUUACAAGAAAAGCGGGUUAAGGGGUUGGAGACAAACAAUGCAAGAUACGAACAGGGCGAUCCACCUGAGUUGUUAAAUGAUAAUGGAUCACAGACAGAUGUUGUGAAACAGUUAAAAGAAGAGGAAAUGAAAAAGAUGCAAGCGAUGAAGAAACCGGCUAAGGGUCGUGUCUUCAGCGAUAAGGAAAGACAACAGUUCCAGGAAAUACUUUUAAACGAGUCUUAUUUCGAGGCAGGGUUUAACGCAUGUAUUCAAAAAGCGGAGGAACGUGAAAUUAAGGAACCAAUAGAGUGGUCUAUGAAUAAGAUGGGUGGUUACUUAAAUGUCUCCCGAUUCGGCUGGAAUAAACUGUUUGUCGUUGUAAGCCGACGUCACGUGAUUUUCUUCAAAAGUCUCGGGGAAAAGCAGACAGCCGAACCUGUGCUCAAGCUUGACAUUGGUUGGAUUCAGGACGCUAGACAUUAUAGAGAGACCGACGAUCAUGAACUGAAGGAUCUGCCUAGAAUAUUUGUGUUGCUGUAUGACGUAGCAGGUGAAAGGCUUUAUGAUCAGUUGAAUACGGAAAAGAAAGGAUCGAAAUACCACGCAGAUAAAGGUCACUUGCUUCAAGACGUGCAAACUAGAUCACCAAAAAAGUGUGCCACAUGCAAUCAAUUCAUGUGGAGCAUGUUGCAACCUCCGCAAAUAAUAAAAUGCACUAGAUGUAACACCAAAAGACUUACAUUACACUUUGAUAACUUCGACGAUAACGUUAGGCCUGGUCAUAGGAUUCCAAUUGGAGCAACAGCUAAACCUGCUGAUGGGUCCAAUCUCAGGAGACUUUUUCUACAGGCAGAGUCUCAUGACAUGAAAGAGGAUUGGAUUACCCACAUCAAGGAAAAGGUCAGACAAUUCUUGGAGUCAAGUUCUGGACAUAAGACAGAAUAUUUUGGAGGAAAGGUCAUUUGAACGCACAAAACAUUGUAGAUGAAAGAUUCUGAUCACAACUAAUGAGCAUCCCUUUUGUGUAAAACUGGUCUGGUAGAUUCCGCUUGUUUAACGUUUUCAAAAUGUAUGCAUUGAUAUGCGCUAAUGUCAGCGUAGGCUUGCUUAACAUGUACUCAAUUAAUGAAUUCAGCACGAGUCCCUGUGCCUGCGUGUGUGUGUUUGUGUACUGUUUUUUUUUUUGUUUCCAUUGAUUUAUUGCUGUAGUUUUGAUUAACUCCAUAUGGCUAGGAGUUAUGUUAAAUAGCAAAAAGUGUGACAGUCAAUUAAAUAAAAACAAUAACCACCGAUUCCACUGCUUAUCGUGUUAAGUAAUACUUCGGACAGCUACUGAGUUGUUUAGAUAUUUAAUGAUCUGUAUAGUUUAACAUGUUACACAGUACAUGCAUUACACGUUUCGGUCAGAGUUAUCAUCGAAAACGUAACUUAAAUCCUGAGCAUGAUAAUAUAAGUAUGUUCUAAUGGCAUAUAUAUAUAUGCUAUUACUACUCAAUACACAAG